CUCGGCCUCGGCUUCAAGUGGCUUUUACAGUUAUAUAGUAUGUAGAGAAAGAGAUAUAUUGUGUCUUAUGGAUACGGCUGGCACAAAUACUUUUCGCCACUGACGACGCCGCUUUUUCGUGCACGAUAAAGUUAGCCAGCAUAGACCAGCACCCCUUUCUUCGGCCUUAUCGUCCCUGCAAAUGCUUGACAAUAAAUUAGAUUUUGUGCAAAUUCUCCCGUCCGAUCGAUCCACUCAAUGGUGUCCGUCCGCCAUGAUGGUGCAUAAAGUGGCAAGAAUCCGAACUCCGGACGAGGAAUAUACUAUACCUCGGGCAAAUCGCAAGUUCGUGUGAUUUAUAUCACAACAAAAGGUGGCGGGCGCGAGAGAAAUGCCAGAUCGAAGAUUGGGUACCCUUCUGCAAAUACUAACCACUAUAUUAUCAGAAAAUAAAUAAGCAAAUUACAUCAACAAGAAAAUCUAUAGAUAUAAUAUAUUACCAUCUCUUAACUUUUUUUAAAGAUCAUAUGUAUA